AUGAAUGGACUUCGGGAUCAGCAGAGGAAGAACCAAGGGGCACCCGGGCCAGGCGAGGAGCCCAUACGUGCCUCUGCCUCCAGGGGGAGGCCGGCUCCGCAGCCCGAACCCGAGGAGGCGCUGGGCCUGAGCCAACUGCCCCCGGAGCUGCUCCUGGCGGUGCUGAGCCUCCUGCCCCCGCGCACGCUGCUCGGCCGCUGCCGCCAGGUGUGCCGGCGCUGGCGCGCCCUGGUGGACGCCCCGGGCCUGUGGCUGAAGAUCCUGGCCCGGGACCACCGCGCCCUGUGGCCGGUCGUCCGCAGCUGCCUGCCGCGCGCCGACGCCGCCAGUGCCUGCCUCCUGGGCCGCUUCUGCGCGCGCGGAUCCAUAGGACGCAAUCUCUUUCAGAACCCUAAGGGCACAGAUGGCUUCCAGAUGUGGACGAUGCUGAGCGGUGGGGACGGCUGGGCAGAGGAGGAAAACUAUGAGGUCCUGCCUGGCCCUUCCCAGACCAGCUUCCCAUCUACCUGCAGAUGGUGUCACAAGAAGGAAACGUUGGACCUGGAGGCGGAGGGUCUGUGGCCGGAACUCCUGGAUAGUGGCAAGGUUGAGAUUCGUGUCUCUCACUGGUGGGCAGACCGACAAGGCACUGACUGUAUGUAUCAACUAACCGUCCAGCUUCUAGAUGCCAACAAGGCCGUCCUGGACCACAUCUCUCCUGUCUUUUCCCAUUCAGCAGCAUAG